AUGACCACUCUCGAUGCCCUGACUACCCAGUCACUCCCUCCGAAUGCUUUUUCUUCUUAUCCAUCGCAGACUCUGGCCGCGACUUCGCAUCCCGCCAGCCAUUUCGUGUCUCCCGUAUCGACAUCCCCGAACACCACCACUGCAGCAUCAUACUGGACCGGAGCGCCGGCGCAAUCCUCGUGGCCAGUCAACAAUAAUACCCAUGAAUAUCUUCAAGAUGCGUGGAAUUUAUACCAAGCACCGAAUCCCAAUCCGAUCACCGACUCGACCGUGAACUCCAAUCUCGCCAUCUCUCAGCCGUACGAGAUCCCGUCGCUCGUGCCGUCUUUCUCCGCCGCCCAACCGCAGCAACCACUCUCAGCUGAAAAUUCAUUACCCUCCUCUUCCUCCUCGUCCUCCUCCUUCUCCUCGUCCGUGUCCUCGCCCGCCUCCAUGAAUUCCCUCGUUUACCCCCCUCGACAACCAUGGCCCUCCUAUUCCCUCCCGGCCAUGAACGGCCCCGUCCGGACCAACAUCCACAAUCCAGGCGGCCAUAUGGCCGUUUUGGGCAAUAUGCCCUCAGCUGCCGGUAUACUUCCCGGGUUCAACAGUGGUCACAUCGCGAGAAUGUACCAAGGGCCUACGUCGUCAUCGCCACAUCUUCCAGGCUCGGGAUCGGGCUUGGGCGGGCCGACCCAGGAUCGACCGUUUAAGUGCGAUCAAUGCCCACAGAGCUUUAAUCGGAACCACGAUCUCAAGCGACAUAAGCGAAUCCAUCUCUCUGUUAAACCGUUUCCGUGUACGCAUUGCGAUAAGAGUUUUUCGCGCAAGGAUGCAUUAAAGCGCCACCUUCUAGUCAAAGGAUGCGGUAAAGACGGUCCAGUUGUCAAACGGGAACACGAAUAA